GAGUGUCCCAGCCAGUGUCAGGUCCUUACUGCUCUGCUGCUCUGUUCUGCUGCUUCGCAUUACUUGCCUUGCUUGCUUUCCUGUUCAUCCUAGCACCCUACACUAGUCUAUCCUAGUCCACACUAUGUACCAAGUACCAAGUACCCAGUCCACCCUAGCACUUUCAGUCCAUCCAUGGUGGAUUUGAUGCUUGUACACUUGAAUUCUCUCUUUUCCACUGCCGCCUUUCUUUCUCUCUGCGUACCAACCAUACCUGCCAACUACCUACCUUACCACCACCAUCAUCAUCACAACCAUAUCCUUCUUUACCUUCAACACUCUGAACGAGUCGUACUCACAUUGUCACCUUUUUCCCCUACCCAUUCUAUUUUCUCAUAUUUCUCAUACUUAUUCGAAUUCUACGAGAUUUACAUCUCAUCCAUAAUCAUCAACACUUUCGCAUCUAGCUUUCAACCAAGACGCCUGCUCUCUUUUUUUAGAUGCUAACAUCUUACCUCGAAGAAAGUCUAUUUAUACCUCGUUUCAGCCACGAUCCCCGACCAACUAUUGUCCUAUCGUCGCUCAGAUAGUCCGCACCUACAUCUUGACCAUCUGAUUUCCUAUAUUUCUUCGAAAUCAGAAA